CAUAUGCUCUCUGCGCUCGGCUCGGCCGCGGCCAUCAUGGAGCAGCCGCUCACGGCCGACGAGGCGCAUGCGCGCGCCGCCGCCGAGGGUCUCACGCUCGUGCCGGGACCCAACGCAACCGGCUUCCGCGGCGUCCAAGAAUGCCAAGGCAAGUUCAAGGCGCACUUCCAUUGGCAGGGGACGGCGAUUUACGGCGGCACGUUCGACAGCGUCGCCGAAGCGGCCAUCGCGGUAGCCACCAUCAUGGGCCCGGAGGGCAGUGCACGCGCGGCGGCCGAGGCGGCCGAAGCGGCACGCCAGCGGAACACGCAGCCGUUGACAGCCGAUGAGGCCGACGAAGUCGCGCGCGCCGAGGGCCUCGUGCUGCUUCGCUCCGAUAGCGCGUCUGGGUACCGCGGGGUCACCCCCUCCCACAAGAAGUUUACGGCGGAGGCGUUCAUCGACGGCAAGCGGACGCACCUCGGCAGCCAUUUGUCGGCUCCCGAAGCCGCGCUCGCUUACGCGAGGGCGAUUGGAGUCGAGGCGUGUCAGGCCGCGGCGGAGGCGGCGGAGGCGGCGGCGGCCUGCGGCGCGGGGUCGCUGCGGCAGCGCCACCGGCGCAAGUCGGAGCAGCACGGCGUGGGCGUCCAGAAGAUGCAGGGCUCCAAUCGCGGGGGGAAAUUGUCCACCUCCGCCGCCUCCGCCGCCGCCUCCGCCGCCCCCGCCGCCCCCGGCGGCGAGGGCUGCCCCGUGGCAUGCGCUGGAGAAGAGGUGGUGACGGAGGCGGAGGGGUUGCGCCUGCACCUCUCCAACCAAACCAAGACCGGCUACAAGGGCGCGGAGGGGCUGCGCCUGCACCUCUCGAGCCACAGUAGCACCGGCUACAAGGGCGUGGACAAGUUGGGCAGCCGCUUUCGAGUGCGGCACAAGGGCGGAAAGAAAGUGCGCAGCGUGGGCAUCUUCGACACGGCGGUGGAGGCGGCGGUGGCGUACGCGCGGGUGGUCGGGGAGCCGGUCGCGAAGAAGAAGAGGGUGCGCUACGAGUCUCACAGCACCAACGCGACGCACCGGGCCGUGCAGCUCAGCAUGCUCUCGCACCGGAGGGCGUGCGGGCGCGAGCAGCUGGGUCAGUAG